CAGGAUGGGUGACAAAUGCACAAUUAGUGUGGAUGAUCUAGAUGAUUUAGUCGCCCGAACAGAGGGUUUCACAGGCGCGGAUUUGGCAAACGUGUGCAAACAAGCAGCACUUGUUGGGUUGAAGCGUGCCUGGUCUACGUGGACCCCGGACUUUGGUGAAACUGAGGAUGAUAUGGAGUACAAUGAACACACGCCAUCUGAGACAACACAGGACGCAGCGCGAGGUAACAGAGAAAAUAAUUUAGAGGGUAAUAGAGAAGGCGAAGUGGUCAUGGAUGAAAGCAAGGGUGAUAUGAUUGGGGCCAAGUCUGAACUGGCAAAUACUAGGAGUGGUAUGAGCCUUGGAGAUGAUGUAGCCAUUCGCGAACAAGAUUCCGUUGCAGGUACUUCAGGAAGUAAGGUGGGCAAGAGAUUGCCGGUAGCGGACUAUACCUCCGCGCACAAUGAUCAUAGCCAGAAGAGUGGGGCGAACUUGUUCUAUGGUUCAAAACUGCCAGACUUGCGCGUGACUAAGGAAGAUAUACUGUGUGCACUGGAGCAAUGUUCGCCGUCCGUAUCUGCAGAUAUGUUGCAGAUGCAUGUUGAUUGGCAAGCUAAGCAUCAAAGGGCGUCGUAGCAUGAACGACUCAGUAUAGCUAUUACAAUCGGCACAUAAGUGCACUUAUAAACACAGUGUAUCAUAUCUGCUGAACUCAAAAGAACCCGAAACAGCAUUUGCGUGACAAAGGUAGAUAAAGAGUGUGUACUUGUAGCCCAGACUGCAAUCAUAAUUUACUUAUCUGUAUGGCAGAAACGGCAAAAUACAACAGAAAUAAAUAUCAGG